AUGCAAUUCUCCGGCCUGCUUGCCCUCGUCGCGCUGCUAUACAUCCAAAGUGGGGUCGCCUAUUCCAAAUUCCUGUGCAGCGAUAAAGCCAAAGAUGACACCAAUAAGAACACUCCCGUCUGCAUGGUAAGGCCCAGUGAACUGGCGAAUAAAUACUAUUGGACGGCGACCAGCGCGACUGCUUCUGAUGGGGCUAGCCACACCUGUUUAAAGUAUUUGAAGUGCCAACAGAUGCAAGGUCUUGUUGCGACGUCGACCUGA